AUGGCGAGAGCGGGCAAGUGUUUCGAGUGUGUUUUACAGGGGGAAGUGAACUUUAAACAUUUUCCGUCCUUUGUCGAACGCCUUGGAGGUCUUUGUGACGAGAGCGUAGUGAAGGAGGACAUUGCAUACAAAGAAUACGUGUACAAUUUUGAUGAGAAGUGUCCGCAGUAUAUCCAAGGCGUACCUCAUUACGAAAUUCGAGCUCGUCAUGUAUUCUCAGGGUCUACAACUUUUCAGGGUGAAGCUGUUGAAAUGCCAUCUGAUGGAGGACAGAAGUGGGAACUAAGGUACAUUGGACGUUGGGAACGUAAGAAAAUGUCGGAGCAUGGAGGCAGUGCUCUUCUUGGCGUUCCGUUUCGCAGCCAGAUUGCGGUGUCAGUCGGGCAGAAUGUACGCUCCUUCCUGGGCACGCUCGGCUUUCGACACAGCUACAGGUACAUGCGUCUUGGAACGAGGUGGCAAUUUUCCAACGGAAUUACGAUUGAAGCUACGCGAAUGAAAGCGUUGAAGAAUGAAGACGAAAAGGACGAAUACCGCCUGGUGGACUUAGAAAAUCUUCGAGUUGAAGCACUGCUCGUUGAGAUCUUUGCGCUUACGACAGACGAGAAGAUCGACGAGGCCUCACAGAAAAUUCGACGCUUUGCUGUAGACCUGGAUCCAUACUUCGUUGAGCGCCCGUCCGAAGGCAAAGAAAUUUUGCAUAGUACGGCGACUUUGGCUGCCGAGGUGCGCCGCAAACGCCCGCGACCGUAA